GCUGGAGUCGUUACAAAGCAGCGUGGUUUCUCAAUUUACGAAUUUUCUGUGGGGUCAUUGACUUAUUGGCCAAGUCUCCAUAUAUAUGUUUAAAGAAAAGACCUUCCUGAAGAGUCUCAAACGGCGGCAAAAUCUUGCUAUGGAGUUAUUCAAGAACUCGUCAAAACAGAGUUUAUCACUUCAGAAUCGCGGCGAAUCUUCCACUGCUCUCGCCGGCAAAGGCAAACAGAUUCUUCAGGGUCAAGGAGAAGUGCUUACACACUUUAUAUCAUUUCCAUUAGCCAUAUACCCUGAGCUGAAGAAAAGCGUUGAGGCUUUUCAGAAUUCUAUAUUGGGUAACAAUCAUGAUAAGAAGCCUUUGAAGUUUCAGGGUACUUUAGAUGAAAUGGGAAUCGAACAAUCGAUGUUUCUUUCGCCAUGCUCUUUACACUUGACUGUGGUUAUGUUAAAGUUAGAGAGCAAGGAAUCUGUGGUUAAAGCUCAGAACAUCCUUGAGAGUAUUUCUGCAAGUGUGAGGCAUGCUUUGGAUAACCGACCUGUCUACAUAAGACUUAAGGGAUUGGAAUGUAUGAAUGGAUCUUUAGACAAAACACGUGUGCUCUAUGCUCCUGUUGAAGAAGUUGGGGAUGAAGACCGGCUGCUAAGUGCUUGUCAUGUUAUCAUCGAUGCAUUUGUGAAUGCUGGAUUUGCUGGGAAUGAUGCAAAGUCACGCUUGAAGCUGCAUGUCACGAUGAUGAAUGCAACCUACAGAAAGGAUAAAAGCAAAGGGAUGACUUUUGAUGCGCGUGAGAUACACAAAGUGUUUGGGGAAAAACUUUGGGGAGAAUAUCUAAUCAGAGAAGCUCACAUCUCUAAACGAUCUUGGAUUGAUCGUGUACUUGGGUUUACGAGUAGAUGUUUUCAGUCGAAACCUGAAUCUUUCAGUAUCAUUAGCUACAGGGGAAACGCUGCUAUGGAUGGAAGCAAGAAGGAAAAGAUUGUAACUUUAGUGUGGAGACCCAUCUCCACCAAAUCCUCUACAACCGUUGCAGAAGCUGGACAUGAAGUCCAAGAAGCAGCUCAGUGUAGCAAAUCAAGUGAAGUUAGUGAAGGAGUGAGUGAGUCAGCCUCAGUUGUUUCAGCUGAAAAGCAUUCACUUUCUCUUGAGGUUGGGGCUUCUUUGAUUAAGUUCAUCAAAGGGAAAGAAGGAACUACACAGAUGAAAAUUGAAGAGGAAACGGGAGUGAAGAUCAUACUUCCAUCCUCAAGGAAUGAAGAUCACAUCACCGUUGAAGGUGGUUCAGUGGACUGUGUGACUAAAGCUUCAGAAAGAAUAGCUACUAUUAUAGAUGAGGUUGUAAAGAGUCCGAGUCUUGACUACUCACACUUUGUAUCACUUCCACUGGCCAUACACCCUGAGUUAGUGGGAAAGCUAGUCAAUUUUCAGAACUCUAUACUCGGAAACCAUAGCGUAGCUGGUGAUGAACAAGACGUCCAGCCAAUAAGUGAAUCCACAAGUGUAGCGGUUGGUCUAAGAGCUAAUAGUGAGACAAACCAGGUCAAUGUGGAUAUCAAGAGUAUCCCAAUUGUUAGUUACCAGCCUAAGGCUAAAGGAACAGACUCAUCUACUUUGUUUGACUUGGGAAUUGAAAAGUCCAUAUUUAUCAAGCCAAAUACUUUUCACUUGACUGUGCUUAUGCUAAAGUUAUGGAACAAAGACCGAAUCAAUGCGGCCCGUGAUGUUCUGAAGUGUAUACAUCCUCAUGUGAUGGAUGCUUUGGAUAACCGACCAAUAUUCGUAAGACUUAAAGGAUUGGAUUGUAUGAGAGGAUCAUUAGCCAAGGCUCGUGUGCUCUAUGCUCCAGUUGAAGAAAUUGGCGAUGAAGGCCGGCUUUUACGUGCUUGUCAAGUUAUUACUGAUGCAUUUGUGAAAGCUGGGCUUGUACUCGAGAAAGAUGCAAAUCAAAGCUUGAAGCUACACGCGACUGUGAUGAACGCGAGGCACAGGAAAAGAAAGGACAAAAGGAAGAAGAUGGAGACGUUUGAUGCAAGGGAGAUACACAAACAGUUUGGAAACGAAGACUGGGGAGAGUAUCUGAUCCGAGAAGCUCAUCUCUCACAGCGUUUUGUGUUCGACCAGAGCGGUUAUUACCGUUGCUGUGCUUCAAUACCAUUUCCAGAAGAACACAGAGCCUGAGAAGAAACAUCGAACCGGACAAAGAGUCAAAUCUCAAGCUUCUUCACAGGUUUCUGCUGUUUCUUCUUUAGGGCUUAAUAAAUCAGUUUACAACUUUCAGAAGAAAUCCAAAUUGUAAAGUCGUACCGGUCAUCUUGUGUUAACCAAAUAAUUGUUCUCCGGUUUGGUUUGUCUUGGUCUUGGUUCAAUAAACCAAGCUACAACGCUCUUGUACUUUUUUUUUUAUACUCAGUCAAACUCAAAAGGUUUUUAAAUGAACAUACACAUACAUACAUUGAACAUUUUCG